CCCACUCACUGGUUCUUUGUUUGUUCCUUGGCCGUUGGAAGAGAAGAAAGGGAGAAUCCGGAAGUGGAGAGGUGAGGGUGUGUCAGCGUGUGUGGCCAUGGCAACUGCUGCGGUGGCAGUGAGCUACUGCUACUGCAAGCCUUCGCCAUUUCUGGGCCAAUUCCCAUCUCACUUUGGGAAAUGUUUAUCGUCCUUUGGCCAUGCUGAGAACGCAGGGAAGGCAUCUAAAACCAGUGCAAUAUUUUGGGGAGCAAAGAAGUCUGUGGAACCAAAGGGAUUGGACCUUUCAUUAGGUGAUUUCACGAUAACAGUGUCAGAACCAGAGCGAGCCUCAGAAGAGCAAAGGGUAUCCAAAAAGGUUUCGCUUUCACUUAUUUCUUCGAUCUCCGAGGUUUCAGCAGAUGCUUGGGAUGCAUGCAAUCUUGAUUCUACGGGUGCUGAGAAGUAUAAUCCAUUUUUAUCUCAUGGGUUCCUUUCCAGCUUGGAAGAGACAGGCUGUGCAGUCAAGGAGACUGGAUGGGUUCCUAGCCACAUUGUUGCGAAGGAUGCAGAUGGUGGUGUUCUAGGUGUUGUUCCACUUUAUCUCAAAAGCCAUUCCUAUGGAGAAUUUGUGUUUGAUCAUUCUUGGGCUGAUGCCUAUUAUGGUUUUGGAACAAGAUAUUAUCCCAAGUUCCAAUCCUGUGUACCUUUCACUCCAGUCACUGGUCCAAGGAUUCUAAUUCGUAAUACCUCGCUAAGAGAUCAAGUGUUUGAUGUUAUUGUUUCCACUCUCAAGGACCUGACAACCAAGUCCCAGCUUUCUUCAUUACAUAUUACCUUUCCGACAGAGAAAGAGUGGCAUAGAUUUAAGGAAAACGGAUUCCUUCAGAGGAUUGGAAUGCAAUACCACUGGAAAAAUCGCAACUAUAAAAAUUUCGAUGAAUUCUUGAUGGAUAUGAAGCAAAGUAAACGGAAAAACAUUCGCCAAGAGCGUAAAAAGAUCUCUACACAAAACCUCACCAUGAAACGGCUCCGAGGUUACGAAAUAAAGGCAAAUCAUUGGGAUUCCUUCUACACAUUCUACAGAAACACCACCGAUAACAAGUGGGGCACUCCAUACCUGACAAGAGAUUUCUUCCACACCAUGGGAUCAAAGAUGGGAGAUCAAGUGCUGCUUGUCAUUGCUGAACAAGGGGAUGAAAUCGUUGCAGGGGCACUUAAUCUCAUCGGCGGAGACACACUAUUCGGACGCCUAUGGGGUUGCGACCCGAAAGUCUACUAUCCGGGUCUACAUUUCGAGGCAUGUUAUUACCAGGCAAUGGAAGCAGCGAUCGAGCUCAAUUUGAGUACUGUGGAGGCUGGAGCUCAGGGUGAGCAUAAGAUUCAGCGCGGCUAUCUACCAGUGCCGACUUACAGCUGCCAUUACCUGACAGAUGAAUCUUUCAGGAAAGCCAUACAGCAGUUCUUAGUCAGAGAAUCGUCUCAGGUUGAACUGGUAAUGAAGCUGUUACGCGAUGAUGGUCCAUUCAAGGAUGGGAUAGAAUAGAAUAGGCAAGGGAUAAGAUGUGUUGGAGGCGCUCAUAUCUUGCCUCAGUGUAAAUAUAUUAUCUUGGAGGCGCUCAUAAUAGGCAAGUGGCAAGUUAUUUGACGUAUUUUCUAUAACAAGGAACAGUGAUCAAUUGUACUACUGCAUAUAUGUACAUUUGAAUAUCAAAAGGAUCCAAGUCAAACAGCAGAGACAUUAUUAAUUUUUCCUAACCACUGCAUGACAGUAACCAAACUAAGUGUCCUAAAAUGGGUUCUUCGUGCAAACCAGACAUUCUUGCUCUGUGUGCAUCCAUAGUCAAGAUAAUGUCAUCAGAUGUCUGCCGAAUUCCUCCAGUAGCUUGUAGGUCACGCCCUGUCAGGAGCUACGAACUGAUCCUGUACUGAAUUAGCAGGCUUGAACCCAGCAGCCUCUUAAUUGGAGGUAUACUUAAAACAUGCAUAGGCAUGGUAGACUCAGUGCAUUGGUUCCAAGUUGAGGUCCCAAGUUGAAACCAGCCUCAGGUUCACGAGAGUCAUGCAUUUACCUCAGCAUGUCAUUGCUGUAUAAUUGUGGGCCACUCAAAGCCGGAGAGAUGCUGAAGGCAUGGCUAUUCGUCGAGAAAGAAGGGUGUGAUAGAGGCAAUGGCCGAUCAGGAACCGGUGGAACUUCGAUAUCGCCUUCCAACAUUUUCAAUGCAUCUGAGAUGGUAGGCCUUAAAGCAACCAUAACAUGAGCACACAGAAUGCCUACCAGAACAAAUCUCUCCAUUAUCACCUUUGGAUUCGAAGUCGAAGAAUCCUCACCACCACCCCUCAACAAGGAAGGAUCCAGAGCUUGCUCUAGUUUGCCAGCUUUGACUAGGGACCAAGCCCAGUCAGUGAUCAGAAACCCAUGCGCAGAACCUGAAGAAGACAUAUCCAGUGCUUUUCUUCCACACAUGAUUUCCAGUACAACCACCCCAAAGCUGUAGACAUCGCUCUUUUCGGUUAAUUGCCCGUACAGGGCAUAUUCAGGGGCUAAGUAGCCAUGAGUUCCAGCAACUCUAGUAGUAAGAUGAGACUGCCCUUCCUGACUCUGCUUGGCCAAACCAAAAUCAGCAACUCUUGCUCUCAUUUCACCGUCUAAUAGUAUAUUAGUGCCCUUAAUAUCCCUGUGAUAAAUUGCAGGCUUUACCCCAUAAUGCAAGUAAGCUAACCCUUUCGCCACAUCCAAAAUUAUGUUCUUCCUCUGAGGCCAGCUCAACGGCUCCUUCCCUGCUGCAGGAAACAAAUGAUCAUCAAGAUUGCCAUUCGGCAUGUAAUCAUAAACAAGGUACCUCUGACUCUCUACCGUAUCAUGAUCCUCUUCUCCGUCAAUCACACAACAACCUCUAAGCGGCACCAAAUUCCGGUGCUUGAGAUUGCUGAUAAUCUCAAUCUCAUUCCGAAACUCUGCAUCACCUUGAAAAUCAGAUUCCAAAACCCUCUUAACAGCCACCGUUGUCCCAUCGGACAACACCCCUUUGUAAACAAUUCCAAACCCUCCCCUGCCAAUAAAGUUCUUCUGUGAAAAGCUACUGGUUGCCCUCUCAAGAUCACGAAUUUUGUACCAGAUUGAUCCCGUAUUCGGCCUCAAUCUCGGCCUAGAUCGCCGCCCCUCUGCAUCAGAACCAUGACCAGACCCCUCCUCCAUUCCUCCCCUCCUCUUCCUCCUCCUAUCAUGCAAAAAACAGAACCCAACCAAACUAGACAUGGCAAUCACAGCAGCAGCAGAGCUCGUCAAACCAAUUACAAGAGGGGACCGAGAUUUAUGAGACGAACCCAGUUUCGAAACCAAAUCCAACCCAAAAAUACACGACACAGCACCAUAACUCUCUGGCCCGAAUUUGUUGAUAACCCCAGCAGCAUAGAGAAUCGCAAAGUAAAAACAACUAGUGGCAUGAGACUUAUCCCCGUCGAUCGACACCAACGAAGACUGCACCCUGAACCCAGCCGCCACGCACGAAUCACAAGCGGUCAGAUCGGUGAGGUCGCCUUUACAAGCCGCGUCGAGCGGAGUCGACGAACCAACCGCAGCAACCCAAUCCCGGGUCGUCUGAAUUCGAGCACAGACGUUCGGCGAUAUCACAAAACUCUGAGGGUCCAAGCAAUAAGAGACGAGGUCACCACUGUUGGAAAGACCCAAGGAAUUGAGCUUGGCUUGGUAGUCGCGGAGGCAAGCGACGGAAGUGGGCAAGUCGGAAAGAUGGAAAACGGAAGUUUCUUUCAGAUGGAGAGACAGAGAUAUACCGAACAGGGAAAGCAGAGUCCGGCAGCAAGGGUCUCUGCUGACUAUUUCCGACUGAGAAGUGGCGUUGUCGGAACUGGGUCUGGGGAGAUUGUAAUUCUCACAAGACGAUCUGUUCCAUGGGAUUCUCGAAACAUAGUUGAAGUCCAUUGGGCAUGAUGAUGAUGAACCGCCGGCGGCGGCGGCCGCGGCGGAGAUGGACAGCAGCAACCCAAAAGAAAGAAGCGCUAAAUCAAGGCGGCGGCUGCCCAUCUCUCAGGUUUCGUGGGGUUGUGAAUUUGGCUACAUGGGGUUGAGGAGGGAAGAGAAGAGAGGAGAUGGGCGG